GUAUCAUCGAUGUUUCGCCACCUCUAUUCUCGUUUCCUACGUUUCCCAGCUUCGUUCACAGUGAAUUAAAAAACCGUUUUUAUUUGCUUUAAAUGGUGACUUCACCUUACAAAUUGUUGCAAAGUCUACAAAGUUAAAGAAAUACUUGGAAAUUAAUAAGUUAGUGCGGCUAACAAAAAAAUCGUGGAAAAGUUAGAAGAAAUUUUCAGCUGCCCAAUACGAAAUCAAGGCACAAAGAGCAAACAAAAGAAACAAUGAGCGAGUGAAACAGCGAGCAGCCAACAAUGUGAUAGCUAGUGUUGCUCUUCUAUCCAAAUAAAACAAAACAAAGGAGAAACAAAGGAUAGAAACCCCGAAAACUCCACACACACACACACGUUCAAACACACGCACUCAUUUACACGCAAAUACAUACAAUAGGAAGAAGAGCAGAUGAUGAAGCAGGCAAAAAACUGGCUGAUGAACGACCAAUAGUUUUUUUGGGGAAAAUGUUCGCAUCAGAAACAAUUGCGAUACAAAUAAGUAAAUGGCAUAUGGAAAAGUGUUAAGCUAAAGUGUUUGCAAACUGUAAGCAGCAAGUGAAAGGAGAAAAUCCGUAUAGUACGAAUCGCGGUGUUCACACAUAAUUUGUGAUUGUGUGUGUGGGUCUGUCUGUGGCUCUCACUCUGCAUGUGUGUGUGUGUACGUCAACUUGUGUGUGUGUGAGUAGAAUUGGAAUUGUGGAUUGGGGUUGGAAAUUAUAUUUCAAUACAGUGAAAAAGUGUUAAACGGCCAUAAGACUUCUCUUAACCCCCGCCUCCCCCCACCAUACACACACACUCUUCGAAAUGCCCAGUGCAUCAUUCACAUCAUCACGCACCUAUGUGCGACGCUCGAGACGAAAAGGAGCCAAUCGCAUUGCGAUGCCGAAUCGUCCCACGGGUAACAUUAUGGAUCCCAUGCUGCAGCAGAGCGUGCAUGCUCAACAAAGCAGUGCAGCUGCCGCCUCCUCGACAAGCACGUCGCCACCCUCAGCUGCUGGAGGAGGAGCAGGUGGCGUUGGUGGAGUUGCUAAUCAAGGUAACAACACCGGUAAUUCAGCCGAAUACUUUGAUAGCGGGCAACCUACAAGCAGCAGCAACGCAGCAGCAGCUGCAGCGGGCACAAACAGCAAUUCUGCCACAAACAGCACAACGGGAACAACAAGUGGAGGAGUCAAUCAUGCUUACAGCACUGUUCAAAUCAUGGACACAACCGAGGCCAACUCAGCUGCCGGUCCAAGCAGCAGUAGCAACAACAUCACCUCCUGCACUUCAAUGUUUCCCAGCACAUCUUCCACUCAAAAUACUCUCAACUGCAGUAGCGGCAGCAACAACAUCGGCACUGCAACAGCAUCUGCAUCCUGCUGCCAUCAGUCGCCUUACGACUUGAGGCGCAAGAUCUCUGCCGCAGUCGCCGCCAGCAACAACAACAGUAAUCAUGAGCAAUGGUGUGCUACGAGUGCGUCAUCAUCAACUGGAGCUGGUGCUGUUAUGGUUGUUGGCCCAGCAAGUAGUUCACCCACUUUGAUCAAUCCCAGCACCUCGUCACCUGCCAGCUCAACGUCAACGUCCUCCUCGUCGUCUUCAUCGUCAUCUUCGUCCUCAUCGUCGUCGUCCUCAACAUCAUCGGCAUCGUCGACAUCCUCGGCAACAUCUGCAACAUCCUCGUCAUCAUCGCCCAGCGCCAUUGUUCAAGCGCCCUCCACAAGCGCCACAUUUCCCGUCAACAAUGCGCCCACAACGGGCGCCACAUUAGCCCAGCCACCCAAUGUACACAGCUCUGUGCCGCAGCAACAGCAUUGCGGCGCCUUGCCUGUUGGCGGCGCUGCUGCUGUCAUCGAGGAUAACAACUAUAUGCUGCCGGCUCGCAAACGUUCUCGUCGCCUCUACACGCAAAGCGGCGAAACGGAUACAGCUGCAAUGCCCAAUACGGAGGCGGGCAGUGCAGGAAGUGCGGCGAGUGGUGCGGGACCAACAGCGGCUCAGUAUUUGCAGUACGAGCUAGCGGAUGAGGUGCUACUGGCCAUAUUCUCGUAUCUGCUAGAACAGGAUUUGUGUCGGCUGGCGUUGGUGUGUAAACGUUUUAAUACCAUUGCCAAUGACACGGAGUUGUGGAAACGUCUCUAUCAGUCUGUAUUCGAAUACGAUUUGCCACUGUUUAAUCCCGAGCUUUGCAAAUUUGUCUUUGAAAAACCCGAGGAAUCGGAGUAUGCCAAUCCCUGGAAAGAGAGUUUUCACCAGCUCUACCGUGGCGUUCAUGUGCGACCUGGAUAUCAGGAUAAACGGCAUUCUGGACGCAGCAUUGUGUUCUUCAAUACCAUACAGGCUGCACUCGAUUAUCCCGAGGAGCGUGCGGCUGCCGCGUUUGCUUCUGGGUCAAGUGCUGGUGCAGGAGCCGGAGCUGGCAAUGUGAAUGCGGGUCUAUCAAAUACCAGCAGCAGUUCAGCGGCGGGUGGCGCAGGAGCAGCUGGCGGCGCGAGUGUCAAUGCUUUGGCCAAUAUCUAUGAGGAAAACGUACCACCCACUGAACAUCCGGGGCCGCUUAUCUUUCUUCAUGCCGGCCACUACAAGGGCGAGUAUCUAUUCAUUGAUUCGGAUGUCGCGCUUGUAGGCGCUGCUCCCGGCAAUGUGGCGGAAUCUGUGGUGCUGGAACGUGAGGCGGGCUCCACUGUCAUGUUUGUUGAGGGCGCCAAGUAUGCGUAUGUUGGUUAUUUGACGCUCAAAUUCUCCCCGGAGGUCACUUCGACGGUGUCGCAUCACAAGCACUAUUGCCUGGACAUUGGCGAGAACUGUUCACCCACCGUGGACAACUGCAUCAUACGCUCAACGUCUGUGGUGGGUGCUGCCGUUUGUGUGGGUGGCGUCAGUGCCAAUCCUGUCAUUCGCAAUUGUGACAUCAGUGACUGCGAGAACGUUGGACUCUAUGUGACAGACUAUGCCCAGGGCACCUAUGAACACAACGAAAUCAGCCGCAAUGCUCUGGCCGGCAUCUGGGUGAAGAACUUUGCCAGUCCCAUAAUGCGAGAGAAUCACAUUCACCAUGGACGUGAUGUGGGCAUCUUUACCUUUGAGAAUGGCAUGGGGUACUUCGAGAAGAACGAUAUUCACAACAAUCGCAUAGCUGGCUUCGAAGUGAAGGCUGGUGCCAAUCCCACGGUGGUCAAGUGCGAGAUACAUCAUGGUCAGACGGGCGGCAUCUAUGUACAUGAGAAUGGUCUUGGGCAGUUCAUCGAGAAUCGAAUACAUUCGAAUAAUUUUGCAGGUGUGUGGAUAACAUCGAAUAGUAACCCGACUAUACGCAAGAACGAGAUCUAUAAUGGUCAUCAGGGAGGCGUAUACAUCUUUGGCGAGGGUCGCGGCCUCAUUGAGCACAACAAUAUAUAUGGCAACGCUUUGGCCGGUAUACAGAUACGCACAAAUAGCGAUCCGAUAGUGCGUCACAAUAAAAUACAUCAUGGCCAACAUGGCGGCAUCUAUGUGCAUGAGAAGGGUCAAGGGCUGAUCGAGGAGAACGAAGUGUACUCGAAUACGCUGGCUGGCGUUUGGAUAACCACGGGCAGUACGCCAGUUCUGCGACGCAAUCGCAUCCAUUCUGGCAAGCAGGUUGGCGUCUAUUUCUAUGAUAAUGGACACGGCAAGCUCGAGGACAACGAUAUCUUCAAUCACCUCUAUUCGGGAGUGCAAAUACGAACGGGCAGCAAUCCGGUGAUACGUGGCAACAAGAUCUGGGGCGGACAAAAUGGGGGUGUUCUGGUCUAUAACGGCGGUUUGGGGUUGCUGGAGCAGAACGAGAUCUUUGACAAUGCCAUGGCUGGCGUGUGGAUUAAGACGGACUCGAAUCCAACAUUGAAACGCAACAAGAUCUAUGAUGGUCGUGAUGGUGGCAUUUGUAUAUUCAAUGGCGGCAAAGGCAUACUCGAAGAGAACGAUAUAUUCCGGAAUACGCAGGCUGGCGUUUUGAUCUCAACGCAAUCGCAUCCCAUACUACGACGCAAUCGGAUUUACGAUGGACAAGCAGCGGGCGUGGAGAUCACUAACAAUGCAACAGCAACCCUGGAGCAUAAUCAAAUCUUUAAAAAUAAAUUCGGCGGCUUGUGCCUGGCCAGUGGUGUGCAACCAAUUACACGUGGCAAUAACAUCUUCAAUAACGAGGAUGAGGUCGAGAAGGCUGUGUCGAGUGGCCAGUGUCUAUAUAAGAUUAGCAGCUACACAUCAUUUCCCAUGCACGAUUUUUAUCGUUGCCAAACUUGCAAUACAACGGAUCGAAAUGCCAUAUGCGUGAAUUGCAUAAAAAAUUGUCAUGCAGGACAUGAUGUUGAAUUUAUACGACACGAUCGCUUCUUUUGUGACUGCGGUGCGGGCACCCUGUCCAAUCAAUGCCAACUGCAGGGUGAACCCACGCAGGAUACUGACACGCUGUAUGACUCAGCAGCGCCCAUGGAAUCGCAUACACUGAUGGUUAACUAGGGCAGCAGCAAAAACAACAAUAGCAGCAGCAACACUAAUUGUAUUUUAUACAUUUAAUUAAGCCGAAAUGCUCUCAAAAACAACCAGACUUAGAUUUUAAGGUGCCCGCUAUCUCCCACACAAACAAACACACAAAUCACACACACCACUCUUUAUCUCUCACACACACACAAGUGUUGCUGUACAUAUCCACACACAAGACACACAAUAAUACACUUGAAUGUAUAUACAUAUACUAUAUAAUAUUUAAUCUGCGUUCAAAAUUUAACUCAAUGUGCAAUUUAGUUUAAACCCAUUAUGCAACGUUUUCAAUAUCUACGGAAUAGCUUCGCCCCUCUCCUUCCAAAUGUACCACUCCCCUUCUCCCCCGCCCCAAAACUGUCACAACGAAAAUACUAUUUCACGUAUGCAUUUCUUUAUAUACAUAUAUUUUGUAACACAAUCAUGAGAAUAGCUGAAGACGCGACUGUAUGAAAGUAGGAAUGGAUGAACGAUGGACGAUCUAAAACCCCAGUGAAGAUAAAAAUUUUGUAAUGUAGUCUAGUAGAGUUUUUAAAUUCACAACAUAAACUAAAACGCAAAAAAAAAAGAAAAA